AACAUUUUAUUUGAUUAAAAAAAAAAACUCAAAAACAAAAAUUUUCUGCUCUUACUCUCUUUCUUUCUCUCAGUCUAAAAAAAUGGAAGGAAGACAGUAUUACCCUCCGAGAGAAAACAUCGACGGAAAUAGAACCACCAUGGGAGGACCUCACUCGCCGUGGCAUUCACCGGUUCCGUAUCUCUUCGGUGGUUUAGCGGCGAUGCUUGGUCUCAUCGCUUUUGCUCUUCUGAUCCUCGCUUGCUCUUACUGGCGUCUCUCCGGUUAUCUCGACGGCGAGGAAAAUCAGAGCAGAGAGAGAGAUCUCGAGGCCGGAGAUGGGAAACCCGAAAAGGCGGUGAAGCCUGUAGCUUUGCCGGAGAAAUUCUUGGUGAUUAUGGCCGGAAAUGUAAAACCCACUUACUUGGCGACGCCGGCGGAAAAAAGCUGCACUUGUAACGAUGAUGACGGUGAUGAUGACGUGGAUCGUAGUGAUCAGAUGGUGAAACAGAGUAGCGAAAGUAACGGUGUGACACAUUGAAAAAACAGAGCACGUAAAGAGAAAAACAGAGGAUCGUCUUUUGUGAACAGUUCUUUUCAGAAAUUGUUUGCAUCUGACCCGGUUGCAUCGGGAAAUCGGGUCGGGUCAGAGCUCACUACAUGAUGAGAUAUAAUUAUCUGAAUCUUACGGUGGUGGAAAAUUUGGAAACAAAAAAAUGGAAUUGGGAUUGGAUUAUAAAGAGGUGUUGUAUUAACGAUGUUAUUUAAUGAUUUUUAAUCUCUCAGUUUUGCAAUGUUAGGUUUUUUAGUUGUCAGAGUUUGUAAUUUAUCAGUUUUGUUCCAUUUCUAGGUCAC